AUGGAAGGUAUUAUAAACAGCGAAAAUAUUAGUGUUAUUGGAAGUUCAAGUGAUUCUUUUUUAAUUAGUGAGACAGAGUCUGUGCUUCGAGACAUCCAAAAUGAAGAUGAGCCUACAUUAUCUGGAACAUCUACCAUAAAAAAAAGAAAAUCAGCCUAUUCUAUAUUAUCUCUAUAUGCUUAUUAUGAUACAAAAGAAGCCAUCGAUAAAACUAAAGAAGCCAGAGCUAAUAAAUCGCUAAUUAAAUGGAUUGUGUGUUCUGGUAUUUCUUUUUCGGCCUUCGAUUCUCCUUAUUUUGAAGAUUUUACCAAGAUAUUAAACCCAGGAUAUAAUUCACCUAAACGAACUGCAUUGACAACAUCAGUUUUGGAAGUAGAAGCAGCAAAUAUAAUGCUAAAAGUAGAAAAAGAACUAUCGAAAUCUAAAAAUCUUACUAGUAUUUGUCGCUUACCACAUGCGCGAAAGGUUCUUUCUAAUUGUCAAACAAUUAUAAGUUUUUUUAGGAAUUCUUAUACUGCUGGUGCCGCUCUUAGAGAAGAAAUCAUAUGUUCCUUCACUGUUUUAGAACAAGAACCUCAAAUUUUUGAUCGAGUGAAUAGUGCAAAAAAUCUAAUUAAUGAUCGUCAAUUUUGGAUUGACGUAGAACAAUUGCGAAAUAUUCUUGGCCCGGUAAAACGGGCCGUAAAAAACGUAGAGUUUCGAACUACCUUAUUGGCAGAUGUAUUUGUUGAACUAGUCAAAAUGGCAAUCGCAAUUCAAGAAACUUCCGUUUUAUAUAAUAAUCAGUUUCGGCGUGAUUGCAUUGCUAUUUACAAUAAGCGCGAUUUUCUUGAACCUACUAUAUACAAAAAUCAUGUUCUUAAAAAAGCCUUAGAAAUAUGGAAGCAAUUAGGUGGUGGUCGAACAAGUGCGGAUCUUCUAAAAACUCAAAUGAAUUUGUAUAGAAACCAAGAGCACCCCUUUGACGAUAAAUUUAUUGCAACCGCUGAUACAAUUACCAAUUGGUGGAUGUCUAUAGAUCUUAAAAGAAAUGAAGAUCAUGAUGGUACUUCGGAAAAAGACGAACAAGAAGAUGGCACUGACUUAUUUAGUGAGGAAGAUUCGUUUUCUUUUUUGGAAGAACUUAAUAAUGAGCUAAUGGAAGAAGAUACGGAAAAUACUUCGGAUGAACAGAUUGAUUUGGUUGGGGAAAAUUCGGUGACCUUAGAAGUCGAAAGUUUUAUUACAUUGUCGUCCAAAUUAGAGUAUAGUGAGUCUUCAAAUGCAGUUGAAGAAAUUGUACAUGGAGACAAGAAUUUCGAUGUAAAUGAUCUACUUUAA